UAAACUUUAUUAAAGUGAACCAUGAUGCUUAGUACAGUAGUAGUUACGUCACUGGUGUGUUUUUCAGUUUUUGCAAAUGGUUACAUAGUAAAUCCCGGGCCGAAAUAUGUGGCUACAAAAGGGGCUGUAUGGCCUCAACCCCAAAACCAAAUAAUUUCGGACGAUUUUUAUAUUGUCACUCCAAGGAAUUUUAAGUUUAAUGUCAAAGGAGCAAGUUGUACUCUAUUAACCAAUGCCUUCGAAAGAUAUUUUAAAAUCCUCCAACAAAACACUUUACCUAUAACAGGAAAAAAAUACAAAAAACCACUGUUGUUAAGCGAAGGUCAAUAUUUGGGUACUUUGCACCAAUUAGAGGUUAAUCUAAUCGACUCUUGUGACGAAAAUGAGUGGCCUACACUUGAUAUGAACGAAACCUACGUUCUAAAUAUAUUAGAAGGAGCUGCCUCUUUGACAUCGGAAUCAAUAUGGGGCAUCUUACGCGGCCUAGAAACAUUUUCCCAAUUAUUAUACUUAGGAGUUGAUGGUCUCAGUAUAAGGAUAAAUGCCACAUCAAUUACAGAUUUUCCAAGAUUCAAGCAUAGGGGAUUACUUUUGGACACUGCAAGACAUUUUAUUCCAAUUAAACAAAUAAAGCAAGUCAUCGAUGGAUUGGCUUAUAACAAAAUGAACGUAUUCCAUUGGCAUCUUGUGGAUGAUCAAAGUUUUCCUUUUGUUAGUACUACUUUUCCAGAAUUAAGUGAAGAGGGAGCCUAUGACCCAGAAUUAUACGUUUACAAUCCGACUGAUGUACAGGAUAUUAUAGAAUAUGCUAGGCAAAGGGGAAUAAGAGUCAUGCCGGAAAUUGACACUCCUGGUCACACCCGAUCCUGGGGUGUAUCUCAUCCAGAAUUACUUACAAAAUGCGAUGGUGUCGUGCAAGGCUCAUAUGGUCCCAUUGAUCCAAUUAAAAAUACAACUUACACUUUCCUUCAAAAGCUAUUGACCGAAGUGAGAAGCGUUUUUAAGGAUAAAUUUAUUCAUUUAGGAGGAGAUGAAGUGGAUUUCGACUGCUGGCAACUUGAUACAGAUAUAAAUAGUUUUAUGAAUGACCACAAUAUUUCUUCGUAUGCCGCCUUAGAAGGUUAUUACAUUCAAAAAAUCAUCGAUAUGGCAGAUAAUCUGAACUUCAGUUCGGUAGUAUGGGAAGAGGUGUUUAAAAAUGGAGUAAAAUUGCCAAAUAAUACACUUGUCCAUGUGUGGAGGGACUGGCAAGGGUCUUGGUGGAACGAUACCAUGAAUGAUGUAACAAAAGCCGGAAACACUGCCUUAUUAUCAGCUUGUUGGUACUUAGACCACCUUAGUACUGGAGGAGACUGGGAGUCGUUUUAUCAAUGUGAACCUACCGAUUUUAGCGGUUCAGAGGAGCAAACAAAAUUGCUUUUGGGAGGAGAAGCUUGUAUGUGGGCGGAAGUCGUAAAUGAAUACAACGUAGUACAGAGAGUAUGGCCACGGGCAUCAGCUACAGCUGAAAAAUUAUGGUCAUCAAAAGACACCACCAAUUUUAAUACUGAUGAAGAACAGAUUAGAAAAAGGUUGGAGGAGCAUGUGUGUAGAAUGAACAGGAGAGGAAUUCCUGCACAGCCGCCAAAUGCAGCUGGUUUCUGCUUAUAAAAUUGCUUAAUAAAGGAUUUAUUUUACAUUUUUAAUACAAAAAUUAAGCAUAGUUGUCAAUACUGUUUAAACUGACUCCUUUUUAUUUUAAAAAUUAGUUAUUUUGAUAUAAAGGUGAAAAAAAUAGUUUAUUAAUACUCAUUUUAAAGUAAAUUUAAAUCAAAAAUAUUUUAUUUAUCGAUGAAAUUUCAGUAAUAAACUGCAGCAACAAUGAACAUAAUAGUUAUUAUUUUAAUGGUAAUAGUUAUUAUUUCAUGGUGGAGAUUUUAAUCAGGUCCUAUAAAAUAAAAAAAAAUAUAUUUAAAAUAAAAGGCAUAUUCAGUAA